GAUACUGCGAAUACUUCGCUAACUACAUCUUCCCAAAAAGUGGGCGCGACGAAAGCUUUUUCUUCUCCGAUAAUAGUUUGGAUCUAGUGUUCAGUGAUAAUUCGUCGCCGAUAUGGAUAAUCCAGCUUUUGAGGAUGACCAUCAUUUCGCAGAUAAAGGUAACCAAACCAGAAGGACACUGUACACAUUCGAUGAAGCCGCUGCACUAUGUGGUACCGGAAAAUUUCACACGUUCCUGUUCGUCGUCUGCGGACUAUGCACCCUAACUCUCAUGACAGCAACACUCUCAGUAGGAUUUUAUAUAAUGUUUGUGAAAUGUGAUCUAGAGGUUUCUGUAUAUGAACAAGGACUCCUUGCAUCGACAGCCUUCAUAGGGAUAGUAGUAAGUUCACACACUUGGGGAUUCCUGUCAGACACAUGGGGUCGACUGAAAGUCAUCCAGAUCUCGAUAUUUGGAAGCGUUAUUUUGGCUUUGGUAUCCGCAUUCUCAUACACAACGUGGAUGUUAAUUUUGCUGAGACUUCUGGUAGGCGUUUUCAUAUGUGGAACCCAGUCGUCGAUAUUUAGCUACUUGGGAGAGUUUCAUAGUAUGAAAACCAAGUCCCAGGCAGUCACUUAUUUGUCAGUAUUCCUCUCAGUUGCGCUAGUGUUUCUUCCUGCACUUGCGAUUGGAAUCCUCCCACUUGAAUUCGAUUGGAUGUUGUAUGGAAAACCAUUCCCAUCUUGGAGAUUGUUAGAAAUUGUUUAUACAAUUCCUGGAAUAAUCGCAUCUCUAGGUUUGCCUUUUUUGCCAGAGAGUCCGAAGUAUCUUUUCACGAAGAGUGACCACCAAAAAGCCAUUGAUGUAUUGCAAUAUAUUUAUCAUGUGAACACUGGUAAUUCAAGGGAAGAAUAUCCAGCAAAAGGAUUUAGUGACAGUGAGAAAAGUAGAAAUUUGAAGGAAGUCAACGGUAUCAGGAGUGCACUCCUUCUUGUUUGGAAACAAACGGCUCCAAUGUUCUACAGAUCACGUGUUUUUGUAACGCUGAAUUUGCUAGUUCACAUUUUUAUUUCAUACUUCGCAGCACAUGGAGUAUUCAUGUGGUUCCCGGAAAUACUCAAUGCUUUGGUAAAGCACAUCGAAGCUGAUAUGACGGUUUGCGAAAUAAUGAGGUACGAGUUUGACGCUUCUACGAAUGCAACUGGAGUUUCAAGCGGGAACCUUGGAUGCGCAUCAUAUGUGGAUAUUGUAACGUACCAAGUUAUGAUAAUCAUGGGAGCACUUUACACCCUUGUAUACUUCAGCGCAGGAUAUUUGGUAAAAGCCGUCGAGAAGAAAUACUUAAUGAUGUUCUGGUUCCUAUUCGCUGGGGUAACAGCAAUCCCUUUAAUCUGGGUUCGAGGCUUCUACCCCAUUGUAGUUCUAUUCAUUUGUUUCCUGGUAGUUGGAGUUUGCGGAGGACUGGUUACCACAAUAGCUGUGGACUUCUAUCCAACCGGUAUAAGCGCAAUGGCAGUUUGUUUGAUUAUGAUGAUUGGCCGUAUAGGAGUCGUAGCAGGAAGCAACUCUGUAGGAAUUAUACUGAACACCAAUUGCGAAGCUAUAUUUUAUGGGUUAGGAAGCUUGUCAUGCGCCGUUGUUGUAUUAUCUUUCCUACUGCCUACUAGCCUAACAAAGAAGGAAAAAGUGAAUAAUCCGUCGUAGAAGGUGGAGAACUCCCAGCUGUCAGUUGAAUGUUGAGCACUUUACACACGAAUUAAGGAAUUCGUGAUGGUAAUAUUGUAGGUGUUUGAAGCAAAGCAAUGGAAACUUCAGCACGAUGGAAGAAACCAGUACUACUCGAAUGUAUAUAUAGGCUAUAAGUGAAAAAUAGUUCAUAA